GUCCUCGAUUACUAUCAGUUUGUUUAGAUUCUCUUCCCUCGUCAGAUCAUGAUCACGGUUAUGUAACUGAUGUGUUUCAGCUUAUCCUCGUUCCUUUUCGAAUACAUCCCCAGCCCCAAGAAUCAGUGUUCGUCCUAGCAUAAUGAUAUAGCAGAUCCAUCACUAUCCCACUUUCCGAGUUUUACCACCGUCCAAAAGUGCUCAGUUCGAUUUCCCAAAAGAAGCACCGUGAUCACGCGGAUUCUGCAUGCGUCGUGAGUGAUUUUUCGAACGUUCGCCUGUUCUCUCAGGACUUGUGUUAGUGCCCAUGGAAAAAACCACAAAAUGUUCGCGGAUUGAACAGAUUUGGGAAUCUUUCGUCGUUGCCGAGAACGAGUCUUUCGAGAGAUCAUCCUGGUUCGACAUAUUCCUAUCGGAAUUUCUCAUUGAAAUCAAAGAUGGAAAGCAGCCAUCAGAAAUUGUUUCAUUUAGCUCAUCGAAUGUCAUUGCGAGUAUCAUUGCUGCUGAGUUUUUGAGAGAUGUCCACAAUAUCUCUGUACAAGCGGGAAAUGAAGAAUUCUCAUCUCUCAUCCGCCAACACUUGCUGAACGGCAGGGGCUGGCGAUGUUUAGCAGUUCUACAGUGUCUUGGUGUCCAGGAUGUAUCCUAUAGUCAAGAAUUGGCCAGUCUCUUCAUCUCGGUAUUCGCCAUCUGCAAUGAAGUCUCUCAGACAGAGGCAUCGAAGAAUCCAUUCAUAUCUCAGAUCAGCAAAGCAAGCUUCCGGAGUCUCGAUGAUAUCAUCAAACUCAAGUCGCCACGGGUGCGCAAGAAAUCAAACACCCACGCAUUGUCCAACGACUCUGCCUCGUCUGGAAGUCGUCGAGCAGAUAGCGGUCCCGGGCUGCGGUCCAAGUUCCAACGUAACUUGAUCCGUGGCCCUGCAGGACGCUCUCCCGAAAGCAGCGACACGGACGUUGUCGCCAGUAUCCCCUCUGAUCCAAAAAGCACGCUGAACAAGAGCAGUCUUUUUAAACUGCGUUUCAACACAAUCGAGCUGGAUGAUUUCCCGUCUAUGUCGGAGAAUGACAGCGGGGAUAGACUUAUGUCCGCGGGUCCUCAUAAAGGCGCCAAAGAAAGUCUGAAUCCUAAUGAUUUUGUUUCGAACAGUGUCAACAUUGUCCUCAAAAAUAGGCUGAACGUCUUUGAGGUCUCUCAUCUGCUCAUCAAUCUUCUGUCCGAGUUAUGUCUGGCUCAGAAUAUCGUCCUCACAUCCUCUGCGGAUAACCUCCAGCAGUUGGUCAUCGUCCAAGCAUUGAACUUUUCACUCGAGAAUCUUUGCUCCCUGCAGUUUAAUGCGGUGAAGAACAAGCACUACAGUCCGUCGCAAAUUUACCUCCUCAAACUCGCUCUUUUGAAGCUACUUCUGCAGAUUGUCCACAAAAUGAAAGACCAGUCUACUUUCUCUGCGAUAAUCUUGAACUCGGGCGUUGUCCCGAUUCUGAUACGACUUUUGGAGGACAUUGUCCCUAAAUACCAAGAAGAUAAGCCCCCUGUCGAACCACAAAUCCUCCAAGAGUUCAUCUUUGGGUCUCUGUAUCUACUCAUACUUAUUUUAGACUAUUUCCUCAAGCAGAAAUCUUUCUUGCAAAAGGACAAAACUCUAGCAAACGACAAACUUUCAAACUUCCUGCAGAUCUUUCAAAACGUCAUCGACAGCUACAAUGGGAAAUUGGUUUACAAGAUCAUUGAAAUUAUUUUGAACUUCCCAUCUAUCAGUUUCAAAAUAACUGAUUAUCGUAUCAAAAAGCUUAUCUUUUUGAUAGGUGAAAUGAUUAUUACUAUAAAGCGGAUUCGCGCCAAAAUCAAUCACAGUGAAAAAUGCAAGCGCUCAAAGCAUAAACAGUGUUUGUCUUCAUUCCUGGCCGCAUCUAGUCACCACCAUGAUUCCUUCGGUCACGUUUACACGAACACCAUUUCUCUGCUUCCUAAUUCGUCUGUGAAAUACACCUGUGCUGUGACAUCGCUCACCAACCUUCUUGUCAAACUUCUGAAUGAAAAAAUGAAUAGUGAACUGUUUAGUUAUAUUCUUCAGGUCUUGAAAAUGUGUGGGACAUGUUGUUGUUUCAACAUUUCGCACCUCCUCGGCAAGUUUCUCAACAUCCUCAGUCUUGAUCCCCGUUGUAUUGAUCUAGCACUCAAAGUUCUGGAGGAAAAAAUGUUCUAUGACUUAGGCGUUAUCGAAGGAAUCUCUCAAUGCAAGGUCUGUUUUGGGAAAGUUGCAUCGCCAACCAACACCGACUCUCUAUCGAGCUUUGUCAACUACAAGAAACUCUUCUUGUCUGCGGAGCCAAAAAUCGCGAAACCUGUUGCAAUCCACCUUCUGAAAUUGGUGCCGUUCUUCAUUAAGUCCAUACAGCGCAUCCUUCUCAUAGAGGUGUUCUACCCCAGUUUCGUUGAAACCAAGUCAGCUUGCAGUCUGAGUGACCUCCAAAAAGCAGAGAAGUCGAUCAUGGCCAACUGUCUGUCAGCGUUUAUCCACCUCAUCAACUACGGGCAGCUCCAUGAUGAGUUUAUGCAGCUCGGAGGGCUGAAGCACCUAGAAGACUUGAUCACGAUUCACGAUUUCACCAAGCUCUGUGCGCUCAUUUUAGAGACGAUCAUAGUCGUAAAGGUUUCGUCCAGCCGCAGCAUCAAAAAUAGUACGCAAGAGUAUAAAUCUUCUCGACGGAGCUCUGAAGCGGGUUUCAGAACCCGAUCAAACCUCAUUGAAAUGACUGUGAACGAGGAUCUCCAGGAGUUCGAGAUCAUCAUAUCGCAUCUGAAACUCGUUCAGCAAGAGUUCCUUAGCAUCCUCUCUGACUGCCGCUUUGAAUCCUGCCCUAACGACCCAGAAGAGACAAUUCAUAAGAUGUCCAUCAAGGAAUCGCUUCUCAACAACCUUGACUAUAGUCACACAGAAAAAAGCACAACCUUUGAUGUCAUCCUUAACGACCUCAACCAGCAGCCGACAAUUGUUUUCUGCGACGCUCGGAAGCUUGCGAGCUACACGAACCUUCUCAACAUUCUCUCAGAGCUGUGGCGGUCCUGCACCAACAUCAUCUUGAUGAGCACUUCCAUGGCUCAGAGUUUCACCAAGCUUCUCGCCAGCCAACACUGCUCUACAAUGACUUGCAUUCUAUUAAGACUGAUUUCUAAAGAAUUUUAUGUCAAAGCCUCUGGUGAAUCGGUCAAAUUGAAUUCCCUUCAUUUUAAACUGCUGGAGGCACUAAUUCCUUUGCAUCUAGCUCUCUCGCCACCUGCAGAAAUAACGAACAUGAUUGAAAAUGAGCUGAAAAGCAGUCUGACAUUGGUGAUAAAAAGUAACCGCGUGACAAUACGUCAGAUCUGCGAUUUGCUGACAAAGUGUGCCGUCAAGAUGACAAACCGCCGACCGAGCACCGCCUCAGCGAGUAUGGUUGUCUGCAGUAAGUCUAUGAGCUACAUCUUUAACGGCAUGGAAGAGGAAGUGCUAAGUCGUAAGCGCCAGAUGAUGGCAUUCAUUGACGAGCGUGUAGAGGAGAUUGCAGACGAAGGGUACGAAGCGGAUGUUGAAAUCCCAACAUGGGCUGACUCUGAUCAAGAUUUAUCCGAGAAGUCGUUGGAAGACAACUGUAGCCAUCGGUCCUCUUCAAUCUUGUCAGAAGAGCGGAAGUACAUCCUCCUUUACCCACAGCUGUGCAUUCUCCUUUUUGAUCUCCUCUGCUCUCAGCAGUGCAAAGAGAAGAGCAACGAUGAAAGCACUGUGUAUUGCCUGCAGAAAAUGCUGGCCUUGUGCAAAGAUCACCCGAUUAAUUGUUCCCUGCUCUCAGAGUACAAUUUCAUUCUACGGCUCAUAUCUGGCUUCAGUCAGCAGCUGUCGACAACCCACCCAUCACCGACACCGCUCCAGCUGAUACUUGUGGAUUUCUUCUUCCAUCUUGCACGCCAUAACAUCCAAACACACCAUUUGGCUGCGUACUUCGAGCUUUUCAAAAAUGACAACCCUCCGCUUGAGGUUUUGCUGUCCCCAUUGCUCGGACUAGCUAACUCAAUGAAAACCCAGCCAAGUUACAUUCUUAAUUUCCCGUUAGAGUUGAAAGAUCCGCCCAGAGGAGAGAAUCCAGCAGAAAAAAUGUGCAAUUCAAUGUGCGUUGGCCACCGUUCUGCAGGAAUUUUGUCUCCGUGGAACAUAUCAGCAGUAUGCCUUCCCGUGAAUAUUGACUGCGGUUGGUCAAUGUGGACAGACAAGUUCUCUGUCUCAUUGUGGCUGCGCAUGAGAAACAGACAGCUGAUGAUGCGGCAGCCAGGAAGUAUUUACACAUCAGCGGAGUCCAUCAACUCUCAAGACUCGGUAUUUUUCAACGGAAGUCUUAUCAGUUCAGAAUCCGGUGAAUCCUUGAUCCACAUCUUCUCGAUUGGCCACGACUCUUUCCUUGUUGAGUUCUGGGGCAGUAGCAUCUCCGAUACCCUCCACAUCCGACUCUCAUUGAACGAUGGCUCUUCACAGAAAAUCUUGACGGAGUCUUGCGUUGAUGGAAUUUUGCCACCCUCACUGUGGCACCACCUUGCCAUCAAUUUUAAAGACACCAUUCAAAAGAUGCUCGUUGUGAUAGAAGUGACGCUCAUUGUGAAUGGGUCCUGGGAAAUUCAAAUCCCACUGAUGUUCACAGGUAUUUUGAUUAAAAAGGCGCGUCCAACCUGCAUUCUGAUCGGUGACACUAGGCCCACUAACAACAUCUGGUCCCUUUCUAAUUUUGGUCUCUUUCGCUCACCAGUUUUCAACAAAGAGCUGGCCCUCCUACUGUGUGCCUACGGUCCAGACUUCAGCUGUUUAACAGAAUCCAGUGUUGGCGAUCCUCUCCCGAACUUCAUCAACCUCAUUGACAAGAAGAAUUGGGCUGCAGUGAAUUGGGCCAGUAUUCUGAGCAAAAACCUCACGAUGAAAAACCUCAAGUCCCUGCAAGAAAGCCUAUUUGUUCUGUAUUCAGCACGUGACCCUAACUCUUUUUACAUAUAUCAACACUCUUUAUCCGGCACCACAGGUGUUAUUGCUGCACAACCACCGAGCCUCUUCCGAAUCAGCAAUGUCGACAACCGAGCUAGUCAAAAAGUCCCUCUCUCAGCGACAGUCAUGUGUAUGUCCAACUUAUGCGUCCAGAAAUAUUCCGGUUUCACGCAGGCAUUGGACGCCCUUGGUGGACUCAAUGUUCUUCUGUUUUUGUUUGCCAAAGUUGUUGAACUCGGAGCAGAAGAAAAAUAUCAAGCCGAUGUUUUGUACAUUUUACUGAAAAUGGCCACAUCAGACAAUCAGUUGUACAUUCAGUUCAUCAAAGGGGACUCUUAUAAACUCAUUCUUAAAGUCCUCCAAAGUCGGAAGGCCAAAGCUGGCUACCAUAUUCUGAAAGCACUAUUCGAUGCUGCGUGCGACAAGCCAGGUUUAAUCCAGUGUCAGUCCUCGAACUCAUUUUUCGUCGCAUCGCCGUCUAAUCACAUUUUGGUCCACCCAGAGCUACUGGUCUAUGUGGCUCUUCCUACGUGGCAGCAAUGGGAACUGAAGGAUGCUACAUGCAACCAAGACUCAAUCCUGUGCCUUCUUUUCAAAGCUCUCCAUGUCUUGCUCAGCGAUUCACAGUUUAAUGUCGGGGAGUUUAAUGUUGAGCAGUUGAAUCGGUGUGCUUUGCUCGAUGCUGUUUUGAAUUUCUGCAAACAACGAUUUCAAUACAAAGAAAAAUCUCUUGAACUUGAACCAAGUGUUUGCUGUUCCAUCAUCGAGCUCUUGCGCGGUCUGAUGGGAGCGCCACCGCAGCUAAAUCAAGUAAAGGCUAUUUUCAAGUAUGUGCUCCUUGCCCACGAUGACAGUGCGACGUACAUCACAACAGCAAGGUCUAAGUUCUAUUUCCUCCUCACGCCAGAGCCACCACCUUCCGGAAAAUCCAGUAGAAAAAGAGGUUCUGUUCUAUCCUCUAGACAGCGAACGCGAAAUGACUCUAACUCUGCUAGUGAAUUGAGUAUCAGCCAUAGUUUUCGAUCCAAGGUAUUGGAUGCGACCAAACUGAGCAAAGCUCUCACCAAUUUACAGAUCCAGCAAAACAUGGUCUCCAAAAGUUCUAGCCCAGAAACAAACCAUUCAGCCGAAUCAACCCAGCUGGAAGACAUCUGUGAAUUCCAUGUCGAUCCCAGCUUAGAAGUGGACGGUGAUGUGAGCAAAUGGCAAGAGAACCGGGGCUUUGAGUCAGUGGACGAGUUCAUCGCCCAAUGUGAGGAGAAGAACGCAAAUCGGGCUCUGAAUCAGUACUACCGAGGCACAGAUCAUACAGACUCUGGCCCCAAGGAACGCAAAGUCAUCGAUCCAAAUGAUAUAGUCAUCAUCGGAAUGGACAACGAAUUCCACGAGGACUCCAGUCUUGAUUCGUCGGAGGAGAGCAACAAAGAGAAAAUCGAGAAAUUCCUUGCUGAAAACAUGAAAGAAACCACCCUGAAUCAGAGAGAAAACACGCUUGAGAGGUCAAGCGAGUAUCUUAUUAUGGAAGGUCUUCUCGUCCUCCUUCGAGACACAUUCUUGGUCUUGCCUGAUCACAUGGUAACCAUCCUUACGGAUAAAAUCAUAGGCGCUGCAUCUCUUUUGGCAAUGCUAAACCAUCCUGAUGAUGGAGUUCGUACCGCUGUAAUCAAAGUGUUCUCAGCCUACUUGCAGCGUUGUUCGGAGGACUUGAAAAGCAAGUUCAUCAACCGAAUGAAAGGCUUUUAUCACCUCGCGAACCAGCUCAGUCUGUAUCCAAACUCUUCGGCCGAGCUCGUUGAAACUUGUGUGGCGCUGGUGACUGGCUGUUUUUGGCUGCCGCUGGAGGAACAGCUUGAGGCCUAUGAUGCGCUCCAAGACUCGCUCUCGCCUCAGCAGCUAGCUGCCGUUCCAACUGUUCUCGCGUUCCUUCCCACGUCCAUCUCGAACAUCACGUUGAUGGGGAAUCUGGUUCAUUUUCUGCACUCCUUGUAUUGCAAGGUCCAGGAGGCUGCAAAGCAGAUGUUGAGCUUUGGUCUGGUGGAAGUAUUGUGCAAAACCUUAGUCAGAAUAGCUCAUGACUGUCCCAUGCAGGAGGUGACAGAUCUCGUCGAUCAGCUCCAACAAUUCUUUGGUUCGAUCGUCACAAACGCUGUUCAGUCGCCCGGGAGUUCCAGCAUCCAUGUUUUGAACGAGAUGCUGCUUAUGAUAUGUUUCCUCGAGAGCGAGGAAUGUCUGUCUUGCGGUGUCAAAUCAGAGUGCAUUCACCUGCUCCGAGAAGUUCACCGCUCGGUUCUUGACACUGCGGUUGAAACGAUCAUAGAUAUGAUAACGUCGCAGCAGAUUCGAGCCACCACUGUAACACGGAUCCGCAACACUACGGCUGCUAUUUUAUCAUCAGUUUUGUCAUCCAGCUACGAAGACGAUAAGGAUACGUUGCCACCAAGCAACAUGACAUCUUCUUUCUCUACAAGCAUGAGCAAUUUGAGUUUUACCACCAGCCUGUCGACCCCAUCAAUCCUCUCCGUUUCAAAACCGAAACAAAUCUCCCGCAGUGAGCUAGUGGACCGCUUCAAAAUUAUCGUCAACCAUUGUAUGGACUUCAUUAUCUCAACAGAGCUGCCUGGUCACGUGUGCAAGGAGGAAACAGAGUUUGCAUGUCACAUAUUUUCAGUAUUGCUCAACGGUGUCGCAGCUGUUGUUGAAAAGAAAAGCUCCUCGCGGUCUUCCAGCAACUGGAACAUGGUCAUGUGGCGGUCACGUGAUAUUUUAAGGAAUCAAGCUGCAACGCUUUUCUUGUGGUUGCUUGCACCGUUCCAGAGUGAUAAAACACGCAUGUUUGCAAUUAACACCAUUUCAAAUGAAGCUCAAGUCAAGGAUAUCCUCUUUAGCCUCCUUCUCACCAAUACUCAGAUCGAACAAAAGUUCAUUCUAUUCCUGUGGGACCUCAUGUACAAUGGCUCUAGCCUCCUCCCAACAGAAAUGGAGGUCUGUGAAGAGCUCAAGGAGCAGCUACUCACAUGGGACAUCGUUUCAGCACAAGCAUUUGGUCAUGCCCACGACAGAUGGCAGAAGGACGUCGCACUAGCCGUCAAAGAUUUCGACAUGGCCAAAUUGGAAUGGGAGAAGUCUGUGGAGCCCUCCAUUACGAAGUGCAUUUUUAAAUGGGAAACGUUAGUGGGAACCUUGGUUGAACUUGGGGCCGCCAUGACAACGGAGGUGGUGGAAUCGCAGCAUCGGCAGAAGAAAGGACUGCUUGAGCUAAUGAAGGUGGAGCAUAGUAAAGCGGUGGACGCUACGAUGCGCUGGCAAUCAAUUGUGCAACAGCUGACCCAUGAACGCGCUGUUUGGUACUCGCCCGACGCUUAUCUUCGAGCGUGGCAGCUUGAUCCCACCGAAGGCCCCGGCAGGGUUCGCAACCGACUCCAGCGCUGUAACCUCAACAUUGAUAACCGUUUCUUCAAACUUGAAUAUCGCAACAAACAUGGGCUGCCAACGAAAACACCUCUGUCGUACCUACAGACGUCCAACUGCGAUGCAAAGAACGUUCUUUUGAUAGACAAACUGCACACAUCAGAGAAGAUCGUUCACAUGUGUACGUGUCAGAUCGUGCAGCCAGCAUCAGAAGUGUCCGGUGAGCUGCUCAUCGGGGCGGCCUCAAUUUACUUCAUCCCGAAUGUCGAUGCUGAGGAAUCGAUGGAGUUGGAAGGAACGUCCAUUGUUAUGAAGUUUGAUGAAAUUAAGGAAUACCAUAACCGGCGCUACCAGCUCCAGGAGCGUGCUAUUGAGAUGUUCCUCCUUAACGGCCGAACCUACCUGAUUGCGUUCCAGUCAGCCAUUGAGCGGGAUAAUUUCGUGAAAAUGUUGAGCGAGUGUCCUCUCCCGAAUCGAGUCAACGGCGAUGUUUUGAUCGACGCUGUUCAGCUAUGGCGGGAAGGGCUACUCAGCAACUGGGACUACCUGACUUUGCUCAACAAAAUGGCUGGCCGCUCAUACAACGACCUCAUGCAGUACCCAGUCAUGCCUUUUAUUCUGGCCGACUACACUUCCCAAGUCCUUGACCUCACCAACCCUGCCUCGUUCAGGAAUUUGAAGAAACCAAUGGCUGUCCAAGAUAAAAAGAACGAGCAGCACUAUAUCGGAUCAUAUAAUUAUUUGAAGCAAGAACUGACAGAUGCUGUGAGCAUGAUGACUCCUUACCAAGAACCAUACCACUACGGUUCACAUUACUCCAACUCAGGAACCGUUCUUCACUUUCUUGUCCGAGUCCCUCCGUUCACUCAGAUGUUCCUGAACUACCAAGAUGAGAAUUUCGACCUACCCGACCGCACUUUCCACUCCCUGCACACAACAUGGCGGCUCACCUCAUCCGAGUCAACAACCGACGUGAAGGAAAUCAUUCCAGAAUUCUUCUGCCUCCCUGAAUUCCUCACGAACCCACAUGGCUUCAACUUUGGUCUGCGACAGAACGGGGAACGAGUAGAUGAUGUGCAGCUCCCUCCCUGGGCCAACUCGGACCCGCGACUCUUCAUCCUCAUUCACCGCCAGGCCCUCGAGUCAGAGUACGUGCGAGAGAAUCUCCCGCACUGGAUUGACCUUGUUUUCGGCUACAAACAAACCGGUAAACCAGCUGUUGAUGCGAUAAACGUUUUUCACCCUGCAACUUACUACGGUUUUGACGUAGAUUCCAUCCCAGACCAGUUAGAGCGAAUUGCGUGGCAGACCAUGAUCCGAACGUAUGGUCAAACCCCGCGCCAGCUGUUCACAGCACCUCAUCCGAUGAUCGUCCAGACCCUGACUCCGAAAAUAACUGUCCCUACCCGACCGGUAUUCAAGAGCGUCAAAGGUCUCCAGUGGGGUUCCUUUGUUGGAUCACCAGCAGAACAAGUUCCUUCGGUUGUAUGGCGUCAUCAGCAUCGUAUUCCAGUCGCUAGCUUGGUUCCACUUCUCACAAACGAUGUUUUUGGUCUUGCCCCGAAAACCUCUCUUUUGUUAUCCUAUGCUAAAGAAAGAACUUUAAGCCUCGUCAGCCGUGAAGAUACUGUCCUAGGAUGCGCGGUUGCUUCAUGGGGUCAUGCUGACAAUGUGAUCAGACUCAAGCUGCGGAAAGAAAAGCCGCCAAAACCGAUUAUUCGCACAUCGCCAUUGGAUCCAGUCACGAUUUGUGCCUCAGCGCCUGAUUGCUCGCAGCUUUGGGUGGGACACGAAUCAGGGAAUAUCACAAUUUAUCGUUACACUUUUAAUUACAAUCAAGGCAGUGUUGACUUGAAUCAAGAACCCGUCAAAUUGCUCGGCCAUGCUGGCCCUGUGUUAAGUCUCUCCGUCAAUCGAGCAUUUAGUAUUGUUCUCUCCGGCUCAGCUGACGGAUCAGCCAUCAUAUGGGACUUGAAUAAAUUGACUUACGUCAGGUCCGUACCUGCAAUUAAUCUGCCGAUCAAUCUGGUUUCCGUUUCCAGUACUCUCGGAGACAUAGUUACGGUCGGUAGCGAGACGGACAACUCCAUUCUUCGCCUGCACUCGAUUAAUGUCACUCUAAUCGGUAGCCUGACAACAACUCCAAAAAUUACAUCGGUGUGUUUUUCGACAGCCCCUGAAGGAUUGUCUGUGAAUGUCAUCGCAACAGGCAUGGAAAACGGUACUGUGAAACUUUGGAGCACAUGGGACUUGAGUCCUGUAGGUGAGAUCUGCGUGAAUAAUCUACAAUCACCAAUUAUCGGUCUUACGUAUUCGCACGAUUCUCAGCACUUGUAUGCCUCGGCAGCUGAUGGUGUGGUCGUAAUCUGGGAGGGCACCUCGACAAAGACGGUUAGCAAGACGCCCAACUUUUUAAACUUGACUUUAUGACACACAGGCGCAUUUUCAAUGGCAGAAGCCAUAGAGAUAGUUUAAAAUAUGAACUCGCAGAAGUUUCUGGGUAAAUCAAGUCGUUAGAGGCCAAGAGUUUGUGUCCUGAACACUGAAAUGUGUCUAGCAUCUGCUGUUACUCCUACACUAAUUUUGAUUCCAACAGAUUCCUCAAGCAGAAGAGAAGUUGCUGUUGGAAUGUUGUCAGUGAUGAUGUGAAAUGCUAUCUUAAGUCUUUGAAUCAUAAUGUGAAAAAUGGUUCACACUUUCAACAAGAAACCGAAACUUAAUGACUUUUUAAGACAAAGACCCAUCAAAAACUUUGGAGUAAAGUAUUUCAGAAGUUUGCUUGGGGGAAAAAUCGAUCAGACCUCGUGAUCUCCUAACCUGUUACUGACUAGCAGCUCAAAGUGAGCGCGGAAGUAGUUUAUUUCAUGACUAUAUUAACUGGUCAUUUUGGCAGUAACAUAUCAUGUCAUUUUAAGAAUGUGUCCUAUAAUGAUUUAACUAUCCUCAUGUCAGACUUUUUGAUGAAAGCGAGAAGCUGUUGUUUAUUUUGAAAGCAGCAGUACAAAGAAUUAUUUAAGAAAAAGGGAUUAAUGAAUAUUUCCUUGAUAAUAUUGAUUUUUCCCUAGGUACUACUGGCAAACGUUAUUUUUUGAACAAAAUUUCAGAUCGAAUGGAUAUUUAUACUUUGUUUUAAGUAUCGGCGCAAUAAUUUUCUAACAUUCUGUGAAUCAUCUGCUUUCAGUCUGAACAUUUUUACUGAAUGUGUCUGUGACACCAACUUAUUUUAAACCAUUUUCUGAAAGUAUGAAGUGAACUAAGCUCAUAGGACUUUUUUCAGAUCUUUUUAACCAUAAAUGGCAAAGAAAACCUGUUUUGAAAUUGUCCAAAAUGGGACUCGUUUGAAACGAUAUUUUCGGCAAGCUCUGAUGUAGCUAAGUUGGGAAAACUGGGCUUGCUAAUUGGCUGAACCUCAAUUCAGGCAUUGCCUUGCUACGUCAACUUGACUGUCGGAUUUUCAUUAUCUUUUUCUCCCCUCAGAAAUGCUCUUUUGAACUUUUUGGUUUUUGUAUACACACAAAAAAAAGAAACUCGUGCUUUGUUAAACAUGCUCCGAAGAAUACUGCAAAACGACUUUUGGAAGAUUAUGUUCUCAACUUGCGUCAACUGAGUGCAAUAAAUCUGCGUAUUUUUAAAAAUUGGUUAAAAAUAUUGAAAGAAAACAAAAGGAAGAAAGAAAAAAAUUGAUUGAAGAUGAUUAAAACUUGAGCCAGGUCUGCAGACUACCGUUUAAUUUUUCUCUCUUCCCUUGUUUGAAGUGAAUUCAAGUUGAAAAAACAUUAAAGAGUUAUAAUUAUUGUAAUGAUACCAAGAAGUCAAUUGAAAAAAACCUUAACUCUAAAUCCUACGCAAGGGUCAAAACAAGUUAAAAUGAAUAUUUAAAAUGUUUAAGCGCACCUACUUGCACUUAAAAUAUAUUUAUUGGAAUGCAUUUUGUAGCACUUAAGCCCCCACCUCAAGCGUCAGUAAAUUGAAAAUGGGUUUCAAUCAAUAAAUUUGAAGUACCAGUGAGUACGCUAAAAUAUUUAAAAAAUUUUAUUCAAGUCAGCGGAAGUUCAAGAAAAGGAAGGACUAGGCUGACACAGGUUGAAAUAAUGAUAUGAGGAGAUUUUUGGCCUUUAGAGCGGUAUCUUUUGCACUCUUGACACAAAUCGCACCAUGCUGGUGGACCGCUUGCAAUAAAUUUCAUUGGAACGGAACUUAUUCUAUUGAGAAGUAUUGUUGAAUUUCUUCAUAUUUCUUGGUUUUUUUCUUUUGUAAUCAUAAGUAUUAUUAAUCGUAGGCUAAGUUUAUCACCAUCAGGCAGUAUCUGCCACAGAGGCGAUGUAUUUUCUCCGUUUUGUUAGUAUUUUUAUUGAAGUUAGAAAAUAAUUGUUAAGCUGUUUUGCAUCGUGAAGGAGGUCAAAAUUUUUUUCGAGCGUUUAUCGAUGAGGUGUUACUGUGUAACAUUAGGACCAACUGUCGGCACUCAACUUGUUGUAUAAAUUGUUUGCACCAUCGACUGUAGAGCCGUCAUAUCAUUAUUUAAACAAUCGAUAAUGAAAUAAUGUUUUUCUAAAAUUUUUAGGCCCUUUCUUUUAAAAAUCACGGUUCAACAGAACAACUUCAUGAGUCUUUAGAAUCCUGUCUUCCUCAAGGUUUUUGAGCUGUGAUGCUCACCUGCGAUUCUCCUUUAAAUUGAGGUCAUAUUUUUAUUAAAAAUUGCAAUUAAUCUGACCAUAUCUUCCGAGUGCCUUACGAUUAUUUUGCAGCUCGAGAGCUUAGAUAUCCGUAGAGGAGAAGCACUGCCUUAUGAACUUGUAAAUUUUGUUUACCCCUCCCUCAACCCAAAAUGUGCCAUGAUGAUCUAAAAAUAUGUUAUUCUUUGUUACUGUUAUUUUUUCUCUUAGAAUUGUAGAUUAUAAGGUUUCAAUUUAUUGGCGUAGACAAUCUUUUCUGUCUCACGCCUUCUUUUUUUUGUAUAUUUUUCUGCAAUUCAACAUUCCCUCUCACUGCCUGUAUUGAAAUUGUACCUGAAGACUGCGUCUUCUUUUCACUUCCCCUGCACCAGCAUUUAUCAGUCUCUCUUUCAAAUUUUCUCCUCUUUUGAGUUCAUCCAACAGUGCCAAGUGUCGUUAUCUUCCAGUAUUGUAGAAGAGCAAUUUGCUCUUUAUAAAGAAUGUCUACGUCUUCUCUCUCAAUCUAUUUUGAGUCUUCCAGAAAUAUCAUUUAUCAUAGCAUUUAAGUUACCAGUGCAAUUUCUUCCCAAAGAAGGAGAAUACAACCAUUUGGCAUUUUUAAUUCAGUGUAGAAAAAUUAUACGAAAAGAGAAAGGACGAUAAAAAUAGGAGGUGUUUGCAUUUCAGGCAUCUACUGAAAAGAGGUUGAUGACUUCGAAGGAUACAGACUUUUUGUCAUCAGUUUUCUUGGAAAAUUAUUUUUUUUAAUGCCCCCCUUGUGCCUCUUCGUUUUUUACUCUUCGAAUUUCGGAUUUUACCGGAAUAUUGAUGCCAAAUUUCACUAAAUUUGUCAUAGUGUGAACAAAGCAGAAACUGCCUCCUCCUCCUUAUUUUUCGUCUGAGAAUUAUGAAUACCUUACAUUGUGCAGAAUCAUAGUUUUGUUGCAUCUCUUUUAAACUUGCCUUCAUUUUUGCUUUCAUUGGGAAUGAAGUGAACCUACUUUUCCUGUUUCCUUAGCUUCAAGAACCUCGGUAUCCAUUUCCCCCACGUUUAAUAGAAGCAUACCAUGAUUGUUAUUCUUCAUUUAAUUUAACCUUGAUUAUUAGGUACGUAAUUAUGGGUGGCUCGUUUAUUUAAGCAUAUAUUUUAUUCCCAACGUUCUUGAAAAACUUCCAUGAGAGAAUAUCCUCAGUACCUUGUAAGUAUUGUGGCCUUAAUUUUAAAUUUCAUGCAGCUUUCUUUAACCUUUGGUUUUAAUUCUGCAGCUUUAAAGAAACAGUGCAGCUUAUCGUUGUAUGCAUGUUGUGCGCCGUUAUUUUUAAGUGAAAAUGAAUUUUCCAUCUUGGCCGGAAAGAGAUGAUUUGUGUUUUUGAAGAGAUCUGGAUAAAUUGUCUGCGUUGUUAUGUGUUAAAUGAACCAGGGAAUUUUAUUUUUGUAUUGAUCACGCAAAUGCUUUGUACUGUGAUAUUUGGAGUUUGUUUGUACAGUUAUUUUGUAGUAUUAUCUGAAUCGACUGAUCCUUGCAGCUGUUAAGUUGCAUUUUCCCUUAAAUGAUGUACAUUUCCCUUCAUUGUUGCACAGACUCAUUCCAGUCUAUUCUUCUGGUUAUAUAUGUAUUAUGAAUUCUUUUAAUAAAAGUUAAUUAUUAUAAUUUUUGCAA